AUAUAAGCUGCAGCUGCAUAUAUAUAUAAGGUAUCCAUAACCUCGCGAACAUACGGGGAGUGUAUAAACAACAAUGCGAUAAGCGCAGCGUGUUGUUGCUGGAGUGCAAUUCUAACAAACGAGAAAAUAUUUUAAUUCAUGUAGUUUGUUUUAAUCUUAAUUGUAAGUUUCACAGGAAAACUUAAGUGAGACAAAUGGCAUUUGUACGAUAUUUACAGUCAGAAAAAUUACGAACUCCAAAAUAGUUUUUGGAGUGAUUAGUGUUAGUGUGCAAAAAUAAUAAAAAUAUGUCCGACGCAUUUGAAGAAAUUCAAGCUAUCAAGAUAAAAAGAAAUUGUCUCAGGGAGAAGUUACAAAAGAGAAAACGCGAGAGACAUGAGUUGUUCACGUUAACCGCUGGAGCCUCUUUGUCUUCGUCACCCAACAGUGAGCCUCUCAGAUCACCAGGUCCAACUACGUCAGUAUCAUCCAAUCAUGCAGAGUAUGAACAGGAUGUGCUGUGUAUAUUACACGAAACCCAUGCAAAUUUACCUAUCACAUCAGCAGAGAUUCUGGAUCAAUUACGAAAGAAUUUGAAUGCUGACGUUUCACACGCUGAAAUAAAUAAGAUACUAGAGAAGCUCUCUUCCCAGGAAGUCGUGAAAAUCAAAGAGGUAACUGAAGAUGGAGUUUUUGGAUACACAAUUCUCUCAUUUGCUGAAGCACAGCCUUUGCAUGCUCAAUGUCUUCCAGAUAUUAUUGAAAAUGCAGAGAGCACGGAAUCAACAACAUCAGAAACAAGUGAUAACCCACCACCCGAUAAACAAAUGAAACUUGACACUAAAAGUACGGAGGAUAUUAUGUCACUCAUAUUAAUGCCAACAAUUCGUGAAAAAGAAAAUAAAAAAGUUGGUGAACAGAUCUUGGACCUGCUAUCGAAGCAAACUUCCAAGGAAAAAUCUUUAGCAGAAAGGUUUCGCUCUCAAGGUGGUGCACAAGUCAUGGAAUUUUGCCCUCAUGGUACCAGAGUUGAUUGUGCUAAGCUUAAUCAAGGAUUUGCAAACAAAUGUAAGAAAUUACAUUUCAAAAAAAUAAUUCAAGCUCACACAGAUGAAUCACUAGGCGAUUGUAGUUUUUUAAAUACUUGUUUCCAUAUGGACACUUGUAAAUAUGUACAUUAUGAAGUUGAUGGUUCCACAACUCAGCAGCAGCAAAAUAACGUCACUAUUGAUGAAACCACAAUAAACAAUGGUAAUGUUGAUAAGCAUGCAGCCAAUCUUAAUAUACCAGAAAACCCUUCAACAUUAGCCAAUAAGAAUAGUACUGAAUUGACUCUGUAUCCACCACAAUGGAUACAAUGUGAUCUGCGAUACUUGGACAUGACUGUAUUAGGCAAAUUUGCUGUUAUAAUGGCAGACCCACCAUGGGAUAUUCAUAUGGAGCUGCCAUAUGGAACAAUGUCAGAUGACGAGAUGCGGCAGUUAGGCAUUCCAGCACUGCAAGAUGAAGGAUUGUUAUUCUUGUGGGUGACAGGUAGAGCUAUGGAAUUGGGCAGAGAGUGUCUUCAACUUUGGGGAUAUGAGCGGGUAGACGAGAUAAUUUGGGUCAAGACAAAUCAACUACAAAGGAUAAUUCGAACUGGUCGUACGGGUCAUUGGUUGAAUCAUGGUAAGGAGCAUUGUCUUGUGGGUAUGAAGGGAAAUCCGCGAAUUAACCGGGGAUUAGAUAGCGACGUGAUUGUUGCCGAAGUCAGAGCGACGAGUCACAAGCCUGAUGAAAUUUAUGGGAUAAUUGAGAGGAUGAGUCCUGGAACACGGAAAAUUGAACUCUUUGGAAGACCUCAUAAUGUGCAACCCAAUUGGAUUACUUUAGGAAAUCAAGUGGAUGGUGUGCAUUUGAUUGAUCCACAGUUGAUCAAAGCAUUCAAGAAGAGAUAUCCCGACGGAAAUUCAAUGAAACCAACAAAGACAUAAUAUUUUAAAUGGGCAAAUUUUUUUCUUACUCACACAAUCACUGUGAUUUUUGAAAUUCACUUGGAUGGCUGCUAUAUAACUUGCAACAUAUUUUUAAGAAAAGUGAACUACAAGAGGAAAAGAAUUUUUAUCGAAUUAAUGUUUGUUAUAUUUAUUGAAAUAUUUAAUCUUCAUGACAAGGCCUUUUUUAUUUUAGUAUUAUUUAUAUAUGUUAUUUCAGAUAUUUCGUUUUAAAUUAAUAAUCCAAGUAGAUUACAAAAAUCUUAGUUCUGGUGAAGUAAUUACUGGAAUAGGAAUUUGUAAGAAUGGUGAUAACACAUUACGAAGUGAGAUAUAAAAGUUUAUUACAAAUCUUUGAUAUAUAAACGCUUGCCUAGAUGGUAUAGCGUUGUACAAAAUAUAAAGUAUUUUGUGAAAUAUUCGUUACAUUUAUAACUAUCUUUUAGAGACUUAAAAAAAGUUUUUUGUCAAAUCUUAUAUUUGUAAGAUUUGAAUUUUGAAGUGUGUGACUCGAUUAAGUAGUAUAAAAAUAAAGAAUAAGUUAUAUAAA